AUGGAUGAAGUAUAUGAAAAUAUGUAUGUGGGUGUUGGCCGUAGAUUGAAGAUGAAGAGAAUUUAUCUGCGGAAAUGGAAUGACUCUAUUCUCUCUAUCUCUUCCUUUCAUAUUUCCCAUUUUUACUCUUCUUCUUCUUCAUGCCACCGUACUAAAGUUAGUGUAAAUAGUAGCAAUUUUCAGUGUUUAGAUGAUGCUGUUACUCUCUUCAAUCAAAUGGUUAGAAUGACACCUCUUCCUUCACUUGUCGAUUUCUCUAAAUUGUUUAACAAUAUGAUAAGUAUGAAGCAUUACUCUGUUGUCCUUUCUCUUUUUCGAGAAAUGCAGAAAUUGGGUAUCCCAAUUAAUGGGUUCAUCUUGACUGCUGUGAUUAAUAGUUAUUGUUUGAUGGUUUGUUCUGAUUAUGCAUUUUCAGUGCCACCCAUUUACUUGAAGAAUGGCAUUCCAUUUGAUAUUGUCACCUUUACAACUCUAAUAAGGGGAAUCUUUGCUGAAAAUAAGAUUAAAGAUGCAGUUGAAUUGUUCAAAAAAUUGGUGGGAAACAAGGUUUGUGAGCCUGACGUAGUCAUGUAUGCAACUAUCAUGAAUGGACUUAGUAAAAGGGGCCAUACUGACAAGACUUUAAGUUUGAUCCGUUUAAUGGAACAAGGCAACACUAAGCCCAACAUAUAUAUUUACACCAUUGUUGUUGAUGCCCUUUGCAAAGAUGGAAACUUAGAUGCUGCUAUCACUAUUAUAAACGAGAUGAAGCAGAGAGGCAUUCCUCCAGAUGUAGUCACAUCUACUUCAUUAAUUGAUGGUUUGUGUAGGAUUGGUCAGUGGGAAAAAGUUAAGAUUUUGUUCUCUCAGAUGGUGAACCUUAAUAUUUAUCCAGAUGUGCGCUCUUUCACCAUACUAAUAGAUGGACUAUGCAAAGAAGGAAAAGUCGAAGAUGCCAAGGAAGUAAUGGUACACAUGGUUGGAAAAGGUGUAGAGCCUAAUAUAAUCACCUACAAUGCGAUAAUGGAUGGAUAUUGUUUGCGUGGUCAAGUGGAUAGUGCGAGGAGAAUUUUUGAUACCAUGAUAGAUAAGGGGAUUGAGCCUGACAUUUUUAGCUAUACCAUACUAAUAAAUGGAUACUGUAAGAAAAAGAAUUUGGCUAAGGCCACGCAAUUGUUUUAUGAAAUUUCUCAAAAGGGAUCAAAACCUGAUAUUGUUACCUGCAAUACUAUCUUGAAAGGUCUGUUUGAAGUUGGAAGCACUGGUGAAGCAAAACAAAUUUACGCCGAGAUGCUAUUUGCGGGGACCAAGCCGAAUAUAUACACUCAUGCCAUUUUGCUCAAUGGUUAUUUUAAGUACGGAUUUGUUGAACAAGCCAUUUCACUCUUUAAUAAGUUGGAAAGAAAGAGAGAAUAUGUUGAUAUUGCAUUUUGUAAUCUUUUCAUUAAUGGAUUGUGCAAAAAUGGUAAGGUCAAUGAAGCGCAUGCUGUUUUCGAGAAGCUUUCUUUCCUUGGAUUGUUCCCGGAUGUGAGAACAUACACUGUAAUGAUAAAUGGAUUUUGUCUUGAAGGGUUGUUUGAUGAAGCUAAAGAUAUUCUAAGAAAAAUGGAAGACAACGGUUGUUCUCCAAACAAUGUCACUUAUAAUGUCAUUGUGCAAGGAUUUCUCAGGUGCAACAAAAUUAGUGAAAUGGCAUCUUUUAUGAAGGAAAUGGCUGGAAAGGGCUUCUCAUUUGAUGCAACUACAGCUGUUUUUUUGGUAGACGUUGAAAGGGGGAAUUCAUCUGUCCUUGACAUGAUACCAGAGCUUCCCUCGAAGAAUAAGAAGUGA